AUGAUCAUCACAACAUGGAUUAUGUACAUCUUUGCCCGGAAAACCGUAGGGCUACCCUUCCCACCAAGGGUGAGCUCGGAGAUUGAAGUUGAAGAAAGUGAAGCUGUAUCCGUUGUGCAGCACUGGUUGAACAAAACGGAAGAAGAGGCUUCUCGGAGCAUAAAGGAGAAGAUGUCCAUCAAUGUCCCUUCCACCCAUGGACAUGACAUACAUGUGACCAGAGAUUUGAUGAAACACCAUCUCUCAAAGUCUGAUAUGUUAACCGACCCAAAUCAAGAAGUCCUGGAGGAAAGAACGAGGAUCCAGUUCAUAAGAUGGAGCCACACCCGGAUCUUCCAAGUGCCCAGUGAAAUGAUGGAUGACGUCAUGCAGGAACGGAUAGAUCAAGUGAGACGAAGCGUUUCUCAUCUCAGGUGCGACUCAUACAAUGAUCCAAGCUUCAGAACUUCUUGCUCAGAAUGCUAA